AGCAUACGCUGAAAAGACAAUAGCUGCAACAACACCUGAGCUGCUUGCUAUCAUGCUAAACGUUACUUUCAUCUCCAUAAAUUAAUGUCUUGCGUGCUUCCGGUUGAACUUUUCAAAAUGGAAGAAGAGGAGCAGCUGCGGUCUUUCAUGUUCCUCAUGACAUACAUGCUGCUGAAGCGCAGGAGGGACAUUAACAACGCGAACAUUCAGAGGCGCAAUGAGAUCCAAAGACGCAUCAGACACCGGCAGUACUUCUUCCAAAGACAGCGAAGGAUGCUCAUGAUGAUGAUAGCAGGAGGGAUCCGCUCCAACGUCCGCAUCCGCACACGUCCCUGGACCACCACUCCAAGCACUGAUUGGUGGGAGCGGGUGGUGAUGACAGAAUUCCAGCCGUCUGAUUGGCUGGAUAAGUUCCGCAUGAGCAGGGAGACAUUCUUUUACCUGUGUGACAAGCUGAGGCCCCGUCUGGCUCGGCAGGACACCAGCUUCCGCCUGGCGCUGCCGGUGGAGAAACGUGUAGCAGUGGCUCUGUGGCGUCUGGCGUCGAACAUUGAAUACCGCACCAUCAGCUCCCUGUUUGGUGUGGGGAAGUCCACCGUGUGCAGGUGUGUUAGAGACAUGUGUCACGCCAUCGUGGCGCUCCUCAGCUCCAUCUACCUGCGGCCCCCCAAUGAGCAGGAGCUGGAGGAUUCAGCCCAGCUCUUCCUGUCUCAUUGGGGCUUCCCUCACUGCGUUGCUGCCAUAACAACACUCCACACAGCUAUCAUCACCCCAUCAAACAACGCGUCUGACUAUGCCAACGCGUCUGGCUGGCUCUCAGUGAUGUCUCAGGUGGCUGUUAGUGGCCGGGGGCUGUUCUGGGAUGUAUGCGCCAGUUUCCCAGGUGGCACGGACCCAGCUGACAUCUUACAGAACUCAUCGCUGUGGGCUACCGCUGCAGAGGGUGGACUGUCGCCUGCUCUGUCGCCUGUCUUCAUGGGAAAACCUCUCAGGUAUGUGCUGCUGGGGGAGGCCUGCUACCCUCUGCAGAGCUGGCUAAUGAAGGCCUAUCCUGUGGAAAAGGGUAGGAGGGUAAGCCACACAGCUCUGACAGAGCCACAGCGGAUCUUUAAUCGGCGGCUCACCAGAGCACUGCGGGUGCCUGAGGAGGCGCUGCUGAGGUUGAGGGGACGCUGGCAGUGUCUGAGCAAGAGGAACGACUGUGGACUGGAUGUGGUGCCCACUAUGAUUCUAGCUUGCUGCAUCCUGCACAACAUGUGCGAGGCCCAUAGUGACGCCUUCCAGGCAGAGUGGCAGAUGGAGGUGGCCGAGGCAGAAAGCCCUCAGCCCAGCCACAAGCAGCUCCUCUCAACCAGCAUCGACCAAAGUCAUGCUGAGGAGGUCCGACACCUCUUCUGUGACUAUUUUGAACAGCAGAGUAAUUGAAAAAGCUUCCUACACAUAAAGACUAAUGUUUUUGAGAGCUUGGAAACAUUUGUACAUAUACUACUACAUAUUUAGUAUGUUUUUGGCCUCACUAGGUUGUACAGUAUGGAUGGUGAUGUUGGUGCAGUAGUUGUUGUCAUGCCUAUUUAUGCUAACUGUAAACAGGCAUGUUAAAUGUGGCAAUUAGUGAUGUGCGGAUCAAUACUAAAGUAUCGAUAUUUCUGAUACCAACAUUUCCUGCUCUACGGUCGAUACUCAUA